AUGGACGCGCGUAACCCCGCCCUUUUGUCGCAGCGUGGCUCCGCCCCCUCAGCGCUCCCGCCACUGCGUGGCCCCGCCCUUUUGUCCAUCCUGGUGUACGGGGGCUCGCGGGGGUCGCACCCGGACCCCGACCUGCUGCACCGGCAGCCCUACGGAGCCCCGCACCCGCUGCAGGGCUAUGCGGCCAACCACCACCCGCCAGGGCUGUCGGGGCUCUUCGAGACGGGGCUGCACCACGCGGGGGGCGCGGCCCCCGACGCCUCGGUCAUGAACCUGAUCUCGGCGCUGGAGUCGCGGGGACCCCAGCCCGGACCCUCGGCCUCGUCCCUCCUGUCCCAGUUCCGCACGCCCUCCUGGCAGACUGCCAUGCACACUCCAGCUCCGGCCGAGCUCUUCAUCUCGGGCGCGCUGCCCGGCUCGGGCACCUUCCCGUCCUCGUCGGCGCUCGGCCCCUACCAGCACCCGGCGUCCUUCGGCGGCCGCAGCUUCCCGGUGGGGUCCCCGCUGAGCCUGCCCGAGGCCGCCUUCAGCCCCGGCUCCAACGGGCUGCUGUCCCCGCACGACCCGCUGCUGCACAUCAAGCCCACGCAGCCCGCCGUGCCCUCCUCGCUGGGCUUCGAGCGCCUGGGCUCGGCCGUGCUGGGCUCGGCGCUGCCCGCCCAGACCCCUCCGUACCGGCCCGCUCCCAGUUCCUCCCAGUUCAACCUGCUGGCGGCCGCCGAGCAGCCCCCUCAGCUCUACAACGCGCCCGUUUUCGGCGGCGCCAACGCGGCGGGCGGCGGCGAUCGCGCCAUAUCGCGACAGGACAGCGUCAUCAAGCACUACCAGCGGCCGGGCGGGGCUCAGCCGCAGCUGCCGCCGGCGCCGGGGCUGCAGCACUACCUGAGCUGCGGCGGCUCCUACCAGCAGGUGCCCGCGCACCGCGCCCCGCUGUCCUGCAGCCCGCUGGGCGAGCAGUCGCCCGCCAGCUCCGAGGGCUCGCAGCAGCCGCCCAAGGCCGCUCCGCCGGCGCCGCGCCCCGAGCCGGGCUACCGGCCCAUCAUCCAGUCGCCGGGUUACUCCGGGGGUGCGCUCGCAAGCCCUCCGGCCGCCCCCUCCCCGCAGCUGCUGCUGGAAGCUCACCUGCACCAGGUGCGCUCGCAAGGGCUGGACCCCCAGGCCCCGCCGCCGCUGCCCCCCGACUCCAUGGAGGUGUUGCCCCCUCCCCAGGAGAUCCAGGACUUCUUGGAGCCCCCCUUGGGCUUGGAACCGCACCUGGGGCAGAGCGCGGGGGUGCAGGGCCCGCCCGGGCACCUGCUGGACCCCGAGGGGGGGGUCCCGGCCGUGCCCCCCGAGGCCAAGGACCAGUUUUCGGAAGGGGGGAGCCCCGCGGGGGGCAAGGGGCGGUUCGUGCCCCUCACGUCCAUCUGCUUCCCGGACGCGCUGCUGCAGGACGAGGACCGCGGCUUCUUCCCCGGCAUGGAGGACAUGUUCGGACCCCCGCCCGAGGAUUUCCCCAAGCCCGCCGAGGAGGAGGAGGAGGAAGGCAACGCCAACGCGGCCGGGCUGGAGGCGCGGCCCGAGGGGAUGAAGCCGCCCCCUCCGUACGAUAUGGGGCAGAGCUACCCCUCGUUCUGCCCGCAGGACGGGGGGGCUGCCGGGGACCCCCCCCAGCUGGGGCUGGAGCCCCCCAAACACGAGUUACCCUCCACGGUGAACGCGGAGCCGCUGGGCUUGAUCCAGAGCACGGGCGACGGGGGUCCCAAACCCCCUCCUCCGCCCCUCAGCACCCCUCUGUUCUGCUCCUCCAAACCCAAAAAGCUGCUGAAAACUUCCUCCUUCCACCUGCUCCGCAAGCGGGACCCCUUCCCACCCCCCAAAAAAACCUACGCGCAGGAGUACGAGUUCGAGGAUGAUGAAGAUAAGGCCGACGUGCCCGCCGACAUCCGCCUGAACUCGCGGCGGCUCCCGGACCUGCUGCCCGACCUGAUCUCCAGCUGCCGCCGCCCGCCGCUCACCCCCAUGGGCGACAUCGAUUUCUGCCCGCACCCCGGCGCCCACCCCGCUCCCAAGAAGCGCGGCCGCAAACCCACCAAGCCCAAGCGGGAAGGGCCCCCCCGGCCCCGGGGCAGGCCGAGGAUCCGGCCCCUGGAGCCGCCCGGCUUCCCCGAGGGAGCCAAGAGACCGCGGGGCCGCGGCCGGGGCCGGGGCAAGAAGGGCGGAGAGGACGGGGAGGGGAUGGAGCCGCUGCGGCCGCUCAAGAUCAAGCUGGCCGUGUCCAAGGCGGACCCCCCCCCUGCGCCCUGCAGCGCCCCCGGCCCGUUCCCGGGGGUCCCGGAGCCCCCCGCCGAGCCGUCGCCGAGCCGCGCCAAGCAGAAGCUGCGCGAGGCGGAGGAGAAGCAGCCCGAGAUGAAGUCGGGCUUCAUGGCCUCCUUCCUGGACUUCCUGAAGGCCGGCAAGCGGCAGCCGCUGCCCCCCAGCCCCUCCAAGCCCCCCAAGCUGGGGGCGCCCCCGAGCUUCCCCCUGGGGGGGUCCCUGGAGGGGGGCGAGGGCGAGGGGCUGGUGAUGGCGUGCCCUUCGCCCUGCAAGCGCCUGGACGAGGAGCUCAAGAGGAACCUGGAGACGCUGCCCUCGUUCUCCAGCGACGAGGAGGACUCGGUCAGCAAGAACCAGGACCUGCAGAAGAGCAUCAGCUCGGCCAUCUCCGCCCUGGACGAGCCCCCCGAGCGCAGGGAGCCCCCCGAGGCGCCAGGUGAGACCUUCCAGACCUUCAUAGGGACCCCGGACGCGCGGCCGCUGCACCUGGCGCAGAAGCAGGGCACGGCCGCCGUGUGCGGGGAUACCAGCGACGAGGAGGAGAGCGGGGGAGAGGGCAUCUUCAGGGAGAGGGACGAGUUCGGGGGGCGCGGGGAGGAUAUCCCCGCCCUCAGG